AUUAAAAAUUGUAUUGUAAAUUAUUAUUUGGAAAGCAAAAAAAAACACAAAAAAAUGAAGUAUCCACAGGUUAUAUUCCCGCUUCGUAAUACUCUGACUCGAUAUUGUUUGCGAAAUUAUGCAACUACUAAGAGGACAACACAGAAUCUCAUAAAUUAUCCUAAAGUAAAAUUGGGAGAGGGGAAACUUCUGUAUCUGUUAAUCUCCAUUUAUAUGCAUGGCGAAACGUUGUUUUCCCGGACAAUUGUACGAGGUGGUCGUGCAAAAAAACAUCUAUACCUUUAUGACGAAAUCAGAGAAGAACUGGAUGAGCUUGGUUUAUGCUCUAAAGCCUUAGGUGGUGGUAUGAUGAACAUAAAUGCCAAAUCUCAAGAAAUGACGAUCAACGGAAAAUGCAAGACCUUCGGGAGAGCAGAUCAUCAUUUGACAAAGGAAAUAUUAUUGGGCACUCCUGAAUACAAGAAUUUUAAAAUUACUGUUGGGAAAUAGGGUAGCUAUACAUUUUUUUAAAUAUGAAGGGGUGAAAUAAGGAAUAACAGAUGCACUGUAUGAAUA